GUCAGUUGUCGUCAGCCGGUCGAGGAGGCGCGACCUUUGCUCGCGAAAUGGUUAAUUAAAAAAAAACCAUUCAAAAAUUCAAAUUUGAAUUCGAAAUUAGUGUUGUAGAAAAAAGUUUUGUGAUUUUGCUGCUCAAGGAAUCGAAUUACAAUGCGCGCAUUCAUCCUGUCAGUGCUGGUGACAGGCGCCCUGGCCCAAAUCACGGUGGACCCCAAGGAUCUGGAGGAAAUCUUCGGCAGGCCAGAUGACCUCCCCACCAGUUCCACCACCACCACCACGACUACGACUACCACGACUACUGUUAAGCCUGGGCCGGGGCUUGAGACUUUCACAGUGAAGCCCACAGACACCCCAACCACCAUGGUAGACAAAGACGGGAAUGCCUGCAAGUGCGUCCCUUACUACCUUUGCGAUCGUGACCGGAACGGAAUCAACAUCAAAAACGCAUCGGUGACGGGAUGGGGAGAGCUUGACAUCAGGUUCGGCGAAGACAAAUGCCAAGUGACGGUGGAGCUUUGCUGCACGGAACCUAAAGACGAAGAGAAUGUGGUGAUCCCCGACGUGGACCCCUCGGAGCUGAAGGGAUGCGGGUACAGGAAUAAGAAGGGGCUGGACUUUACCAUCUCUGGUGGAAGUGGCAACGAAGCUCUAUUCGGAGAGUUCCCGUGGGUGAUCGCGCUGAUUGACAUCAACGGCUCCUACGCAGGAGUUGGUGUGCUGAUCCACCCUCAGGUCGUCAUGACAACCGCCCACGUCGCUUACAAGUACACCCCCGGGAACCUAAAGAUCCGCGCUGGAGAGUGGGACACUCAGACGGCGGACGAGCGGCUGAAACACCAGGAGAGAGUCGUCUCCGAGUUCUACAUCCACAAGGACUUCAGGAAGAACAAUCUGUUCAACGACGUGGCGCUACUCCGCCUGGAGUCGCCCGUGACCCUCGGGCAGCACAUCAACACCAUCUGCCUGCCCGCGCAGGACGAGGACUUCGGCCAGUACAGGGACUGCGCCGCCAAUGGCUGGGGGAAGGACGUGUUCGGUACGCAAGGCCUCUACGCAGUGAUCCUGAAGAAGCUAGAGAUCCCGAUGGUUCCGUACGCCCGCUGCCAGGAGUUGCUGCGGCGGACGCGACUCGGGAACAACUUCAAGCUGCACAGGAGCUUCGUGUGUGCCGGAGGGGAGGAGGGGAGGGAUCUGUGCACGGGUGACGGUGGUGCCCCCCUCGCGUGUCCCAUCGGCGGCGACCGGUACAAGCUGACCGGACUCUCAGCGUGGGGCAUCGGCUGUGGCACUAAAGAUGUACCCGCAGUCUACGCGUCCGCGCCGGCUUUCCGUCGGUGGGUAGACGAGAAAAUGCAAGAGUGGGGGUACGACACACAAGUCUACACAAUCUGAGAUUAGUAUGUGAUUGAACUUUUUUAAUUAUUUUUAAUAAAAUUUUGAAGGUA